AGGAGUAAUAUAGACUAGAGAGUGAAACAGCUUUGCGGACUGGGAGAGAAGAACAUUUACAUUGAAGGAAAUAACUGCACCGCACAAACAUUGCAUUGCAGUACGCAUGACGCAACAGUGUUUGCCGAAGAAAAGUUCGGAAGACCAGUGUAGUAGUAAAACUCUGCGGAAGAGGCGACAGAGGUGCAGACUGGACCAGACAAAAGGAUGAUGGGCUUUUUAUUUCGCUGUGUUCUUCUCUGGGCGAUGUUGCAGCGGAGCAACACGCAUAUUGCUGUACCUGCCACAGUGUUAAACUGCUGUGAAGGGGAUAUUCUCCUUCUGCUGGACUCUUCAGGAAGUAUAGCAAACUACGAGUUCAAGCGCCUGUUGCACUUCACCACGGAGCUGCUUCACCCCUUCUCAUUGGGCCGGGGCCACGUAAGAGUCGGGCUGCUGCAGGUGGGCACAAACCCUAAUGUGGAGUUCGGUCUGGACGUCCACAACGAUCAGCACAGUCUGCAGAAAGCUCUGCGCAGUGUCAGCCAGCUGCAGGGAGACACCAACACCGAGGCGGCGCUCAGGGUGGCCCAGCGGCUUCUGACAGAGACAGGCGAGAACAUGCCAAAGAUACUGUUGUGGCUGACUGAUGGUGUGCAGCCCGGAGACGUGGACGCGCCGAUGUCUGAGCUGAAGGCACAGGGAGUGUCUGUCUUAGCUGUGUCUACAGUACAUGGCAACUACCAGGUGUUACAACGCGCAGUGACACCUCCACUGGAGUCUCAUCUCUACUCUGUGGACAUAGAUACCAUCAACAUCAUCACAGAGGACCUGAGGGACGCCGUUAUCAAAAUUAUUCGUUCCGAACGGCUGCGUGUGGUUCACUUGACUUCCCACAGUGCUGUGCUGCUGUGGCGUCCUGUUCUGAACGCAGACAGCGGUUACUAUGAGGUCUUGUACAACUCUAUGUGGAAAACCGACCCUGAAGCUAGAAGCACUCUCCCAGGCGACUCCAGCUGGGUCGAGCUGACCAACCUGCAGCCUGAUACCACCUACACAGCCGCCCUCCGCCCAGAGUCCAACCAGAGGCUGUUUAACACACUAUCUGUUAACUUCACCACACUUCCUGAUGUUUUAAGCCCAGAAGUUGUCUCUGUGUCAGACUCUGGCCCUCGUCAGAUCCGUGUGAGCUGGGGUCCCCUGCAGCCAGCUCGAGUCCAGAGAUAUAAGGUGGAGUAUGGAGCUAUUCCAAGCGGAGACGUCCACACCCUGACAUUACCCAGCCAGCAGAACUCUAGUUUACUGACUGGCCUGCAGCCGGACACUCAGUACCUCGUCACAGUCAGUGCUCUGCAUAUGAAUGGAAAAGAAAGAGCCAUGUCUGUAAGGGCAUGCACUCAAGAGGCAGCUCUGCCAGCCCUUACCGACCUUCACUUGACCCCAGUGGAGCGUCAGGAGGUGCAAGUAGCAUGGCAGGCCAGUCAGGAAGGUUUGAAAGGCUACUGGCUGACCUGGGAGAGAGAAAACUCCCACAGCUCCUCCUCGAAGCCAUCAAUCUCCUCCGUCUACCUGCCUCCUACCUCUCGUUCGACGCGUCUUGUGCACAUCGCACCGAGCAGUCGAGUGUGUGUGUCCCCGGUCUACAGCUCGGGGCGAGGAGACGGGUUAUGCUGCACUGCAAAGAAGCAUUAAGGUUGACUGAGCUGAAUAUUAUUAUCUGCUUUUUUUCUUCUUAAUACCUGCAUUAUGUUCAUACAUAGCAGGGUUGGUUCAUUAGAGGAAGUGUAAUUUCCCAUUUGCCUAUCUCUUCUCUCAACCAGAGUCUGCAGCAAUCAGUGGUGUAAUUAUAUAUUUUUAUCAUCAACUUUGCAGGAAGGUCGCCCACCACAGCACCACAGCUAUCAUAUCAGUUAGUCAGGAACAUACACAGAUACAAGACUAUGCAGGUAGGCAGCAUUCACAGUAUGUGUGAGCAGCUAUUAGAAACAUAAAUUAAGGUCUGCACACUGUAGCUCCCUUAAGUGCAAUUUCUCAGCACAUCCAGAAGUGAUAUUUUGAGCUAAUGAUCUUCUUUAGACUAGACCUUUAUACUUUCAUUACCGCCUUCUAUUGGUCCAGUAUCUGCUUUCAAUUGUCUACUAUGCAUUUUUCAACUAUUGUUAUUGGAAAUGAUUAUUUAUCAUUAUGUUUAUCGGCCUACUUGAAAUUAUAUGAACAUUUUCUCUUCUCCUUGCAAGUAUUCAAAGUUCUUAAAAUGUUGUAAAUGUAAAGUGUUGUCCUGUCCUGUAUUUUCCUUCCUAGCUGUCCUGUCAUGUCACGUCAAAAUUAAAAUGACUGGUAUCACCUGGCAUAUAGUUUUAACCCUCAAACCUUUUUAAUUCACAAUGUUUUCAAUUUAACGAUGUCUUCUUCACAAAUCUAAUUAUUUUUCUACUUUUUGGAUGAACGAGUCUAAUAUUAGCUUCAAGCUGAAGAGGCCUGUUAAUGUUUUUCUAUAGCACUUUGAAACUUAUAAAAACUAUUUGUGAAAACAAUCCAAAUGUAUUAAUAUAAAAGGUCGUAUUACACACAGCGGUAUCAGUGCAAAGUUAUUUUCCCCAAAAAAGAAAUUGCGGGCAACAAACCAUCGUGCUGAUGUAUGCCGGCAAGUAUUUUGGAAUACUUUUUACUAUCUAUAAAUACAUUGUUGAUUUUUUUAUUUGCCAUUUUGUUCAUUACAUGGAAAGUUUCAAAUGUUCUUAUUUGAAUGAGUCAGAAAAAAAUCAAUUGUUCUCUUCGUUUCGCUGAUGGACGUUUAGCAGUUGCAUCAUACGCCACUCAGUGAAAUCAGAGAAUGUGAUGCUUGUGAAGCAUGAAGAGGAUUGUUGUACUUUAAGUUAUCGGCUCUUCUGAUCAGACGUAGCUCAAAAGGGUUUUAUUGCUGACAGUGAAUAUGUACUGUGAAUAUAUAUUUUUGAUAUUAUUUGUUUUGUAAAUUUUGAAAAUUGUGGCCAGGUUUGUCUGGGCAAAUUAAAAGACAAGAGAAAUAAGAUUUCUAUUAAAUAUAUUUUCACAGUGUC